GGCAACCGCUAUCUUUUUUUUUUUCCUUCUUCUUCUUUUCUCUUUUUUCCAUUUGUACCAACGGGCACAACUGGCUCAGGCUUGUUACAGACCAGUCCAACUUGAAAUAGCGUUUUACUCGUUUUUCAUCUAAGCAGCCUGCAUCCUGGACAGUCGAUGAUUUCUUGGUGUCUAACACUAAACGUUUUGCAUACGCGAGUCUGGGCGACUUGUGGCGGCUUUUGACAUGGAAGAGGAGAAAAAUAAUUUGUCGACGAGUCAAUAAACCCACCAUGGAUAGCCUACAGGUCGUCCUCCUCUAAGGAAUGGGAUUUUGUUCUGCUUAAAGCGACAUGGUCGAAGGAGGAAACCCAGAGGUGAGAUAGGGGCGAAAACUGUUUAGAAAACAGGCGUUUUCACCUACAGAGGUGAGUUAUUUGGGAAGACGAGCGACAGAAAUAAAGAAGGCUUAAAAAAUAUUAACUGGGACGUAUGAAGCCAGGAAAGGCGGGAUGUGGCAUCACCCUCCGCUCUGAGUGAGUGUGGGCAGUGUCGAGCUGUUGGGGACAACCGGUGGUCGCUUCAGCCAGCCUCCCACCUUCCCGAAGCUAUUUUCCUCCAUAUGCUCGCCAAAUAUUUAAUAAUUUUUCAGUUUUCAAGUGCCUGUCCCUGCUCCUCUCUUUGACUCUUCAAGUCUCGACAUUAGGAAAAUAAAAGGGUGAAUCUAUAUUUUUGUAAAAAAAAAAAAAAAAAAAAAAAGAAGAAGAAGUGGAGGAGAGACGGAAUAAGGCACCCAAGGAGCCGCCUAUAUGAAGAUGCUGAUGUGUGACCGCGGCGUCCAGAUGCUCGUGACGACGGUGGGCGCGUUCGCCGCCUUCAGCCUCAUGACCAUCGCCGUCGGCACGGACUACUGGCUGUACUCGCGCGGGGUCUGCCGCGUGAAGAGCAGCGGCGACAACGACACGAGCCGCAAGAACGAGGAGGUGAUGACGCACUCCGGCCUCUGGCGAACCUGCUGUCUGGAAGGAACAUUCAGAGGCGUAUGUAAGAAGAUUGAUCACUUUCCAGAGGAUGCAGACUACGAGGCGGAUGCUGCUGAAUACCUCCUACGUGCCGUUCGCGCCUCCAGUAUCUUCCCCAUCAUGAGUGUUGGUCUGUUGUUCCUGGGGGGGCUUUGUGUGGCUGCCAGUGAGUUUUACCGGAGCAGACACAAUGUCAUCCUCAGCGCAGGAAUCUUCUUCGUAUCUGCAGGUCUCAGCAACAUUAUUGGAAUUAUUGUCUACAUCUCAGCCAAUUCUGGAGAUCCAGGUCAGAGUGACAGCAAGAAGUCCUAUUCGUACGGCUGGUCCUUCUACUUUGGCGCCCUCUCCUUCAUAAUGGCAGAAAUGGUGGGCGUGCUGGCGGUGCACAUGUUCAUCGAGAAGCACCGCAAGCUGCGCGCCAAGUCCCGCACCGAGCUCAUAAAGAAAUCCGCCUUCAGCCGCAUCCCCUCCUACCGCUACCGAUUCCGCCGCCGCUCUAGUAUGCGCUCCUCCGAGGCCCCAAGCCGUGACGCGUCGCCCCUGGGGAAGGGCGGCUACACGGGGCCGGCCGCCUCCGAGAUGCCCAUGUACACGCUGAACCCGAGAGAAGCGGGCAAUGCGGGCGGCAAAGCGGGUAGCGGCAUGGGUGGGCUGCUCAACUCGGAGAGGGAUUUCCUCCAGAGCAGCACGCUCACUAAAGACUACAACAAGGACCCCAACCGCAGGACCACACCAGUCUGAGGGAAUCUGGCUGCAGAUAUCACCCAAUCAGAGUGUCGAAGAGGAGGAGAAAUCCAGUGGAAUUCCAAGCAAACAAACAGGAAUAUGAAGGGUUGUGGGAUUGGGAAGGGGUGUGAUUAACCCCGACUGUGAACUGUGAAAUUUUUAGCCUUUGAACUGUGAAUCCUUUGCGCUCUGAGAGUAUCUUAGUGUGUAGCAGGGUGGGGUUUGAUGGAGAAGUUCUUCCCAACAUUCAUGUACGCCUGAUACACCUUAAAAUUAUAUCUGUAGCCGCUUAUAAAUGACAGCUGUAGCAAUUUAGGUUCAUGAUUUUCCUGUUCAUAAACUGACUUUCUGACAUUUUUAAGGGGAAGAGAAGAAGACAUACAGAGUUGUUGCUUGGAACAACUUCUCCUGACAAAUCACAACUAAUGUGAAAUUGAUAAAAAGACAGAAGAGAAGAGAAAAAGUGUGAUCUAUGAUCUUCACACCUCUCUCCUGUCAUUUUGGGUAGCAGUAGAGCUGGAGGGGAACAGUGAACUUUCUAAAUGUGAUAUUAAAUAGUGAGAAAGUUAAACUUACCACAAGGCUUAAUUCAGUUUUGGAUCGGCUGAGUUCAGAAGAGAAAAGAAAAUCUGUGCCAUUGACAUUUGUUGAAGUGAUUAUUUCUACAUUUGUUUACUUGUUUCAUAUGAACUGACUUCAAACUGAGCUGAAACUGAAUUGAGCUGAUUCCGUGAUUCCUAGAUUUGCCCGAGGCUGACUGCAGAUCAGCUGCUGGAGAGUGAGCAGAAAAGGUGACUCAACAAAUCUUAACGUUCGAUCCGUUGGUGCUUCCUCUCAGCUGUGUUUUUUCUGCCACUUCUUGAGUUACUUUCUUUUGUACCUAAAAAAAAAAAAAAACUCCACACGACCAGAUAUCUGUCUGUCUGCCUUCACAAAUCACCUUUCGCCUUCCAUGUUUUUCCGUGUGGCCCCAUACUUCACCUCGCUGACACCCUCCUCUCACCCUAUCUUCCCUGUACUUAAAGCAACAGUAGAUUUAGCUUUUGUCUUCCUUGUAGAGUAGUUAGGUUUUCUGGAUGUUAUUAUUUCAGGGUAAUGUGAGGGAUGGAGUCAGUGUAAGGGAGACCGCUGAGCUGUGAAGUAUACAUUAAGGCAGUGCCAAAACAAAAACAAACAAAAAAAUUUGCACAUACCGAACUAGAAAAGGACCUUUUGUGUCUGCCCGCUACCUCUCCUGUCAAUAUCUUUAAUUCAACAUGACGUUGUUUCUGCUAGAGCAACUGUAAAAGCUUCAGCUGCAUAAGUGAAAAGAGACAGAAAUGCUCCUUUCAUUGAAUCCAAUGGAGUGUCUUGUAUAAUAGGACUUAAAAUGUAUCCAUCUGUAAUUGCAGCAGCAUAAUCUCACGCUGCAAAAUUUCGGAAAACCCAACCUUCAAUUCUCAUAUAUUUAUUCAGUUGGGGAAAAUUUGUGUUAUUAUUGUUUUUAUAAAAUUGUUAAUUGCUCUCCACAGUAUCUGUGAUGAUGUGGGUCUGUUUUUCUUCCAAACGACCUGGGCAUCUCAUAAGAGUGCAUUGCAUCAUGAACAGAAAAAUCUGCCGAAAGUUUGACUUUCUAAAAAAUUGUACUAGAUUAUGCUACUGCGGUUAGAGAUCAGCUUUAUUUUAAGGUUUUUUUAAAAAAUACUUUUGCCGGGGAUGCCCAUCGGUAAGGCCAGAUCUGAACAGAUGUAAUCCAUCACAACAUCCAAAAACGCGCUGCUUUCAUUUAAACAUGUUGCCCCAAUGCCUCCUGUGUAAACAUGCUGUUUUAGUAAUAAUGUUUGCAAAGGACUGAAAUUAUUCUACAUCCCAGCAUUUUGGGAAACAUGUUUUAAAUCAUUCCCGAAGACCUCUGAGAGAAUCUAUAAAUAGCAUUUAAAGGCAAAUUUGACAAUUUAGCUAUAGAAAGUACAAAGACUGCUGCCUGAUUUCAUCUAGAUAGGUCAGAGUGCUCAGUUAUCAGCAGCUGUGUGAGGAUUGUGUUAAUAAAAUGUUUAAUAAUGCCAACUAACUGAUAAAAAAAGGUGUCUGUGCCAGUGAGACUUUAUCAAGUCCUUGAAAAGAACAAGAAGAUUUAUAUUGCCUCUAAGUCUUCUAGCAUUUACUAAUUUGUCUGUACCGUUAUUGCUGAUGGUAGGUGUGAAAAGAAAAAGAAGCCAUAAAAAAAGUGGGAAGAGAAAAAGAGUUGUUUAGACAGAUCAUACAGCGCUGUGCUAAAAUAGUAUCCCACUCACAGAUUUCUGAUAUUUUUUUGUUUUUUGUUAUUAUUAUUUUAUGUCUGACAAAUUAACUUGAGUAAAUACAUAAUGCAGUUUUCAGAUGACCCCCUCCGGUGGUAGUGUGAUGGUCUGGGAUUGCUUUACCUGUUGCUUAAUCUGAACCGACCCGAAACAUAUCCACUUAUAAAUCACUCAAUAAAAAGAGAGGGCUUCCACUGUCCUCGUCAAAGUUCAGAUUUACAUCCUGCUGAGAUGCUUAGGCAGGCCGUUCAUUUCUAAAAACCCUGCAGUGCGACUGAUUUGCGUCUCUUCUGAGGCCCUGAUGGCAGCUGUUGUAACUUAAUAAAUCAUAGUCACGAAUGAAAGAAUAUGUUGGAAAAUCUCUUUUUGUAUUUACGCAGGCUAUCUUUGUUUAGAAAUAAAACUCGUUGAGUGAUUGGGAACAUCAAAGUGUGAUUAAAAAGGAAAAACAGAAGAAAUCUGUCAGGAGGUAAAAUCUUUUUUCAUAACAUUGUGAGAUGUUUUUUUCCAUUUUGUUUAUAGGACUUAAGAGUGAGGAUAAAAAUAUUUCUAAACGUGUUUCUUGCCUCCCAAAGCCAUCAUUGCACUCUUUUUGUACAAACUAAAGAUGAGUCGACGCUGACCCGACACCUCCGCACCCUGCUCUGACAGUCACCAACGACUAAAGAUCUUCUAACCGCAGUCAAACUCUUUAACUCACAAAGCUGCUGUUUUGUCUCCCAUCUUUCACGCCAUAAAGGGAGCACACGGGGACAGACGGGCACCUGCGCAUGCUGCCCCUCCACCUGUGAAUAUUAAUUUUGCAAGCUAACCGCAAAAAUCAGCCGCUGUUGUGGGCUGCGAGAUGAGGAGGAGGAAGGAGGGAAAAAACACUUCUCUCUAAGCAAGGGCUUUUAAUUUUUAAAGAACAGGAGCACACAAGGGCUUUUUAUGCUCAGCACUGCAGCAAUGUCGCUUUUAGGGGUGUAAUCUUGGAGGGAGAAGUGGAAAAAGCAAAACGACAUUUGCACAGAAACAACUGUUUUAAAACCAGCUGAAUAGCUUAGUGGUAAUAUAACAUGCUUUGAGCAGAAGAGAGGUAGAAGACGUUGCUCUUCCACCCAGCUUUUCUUCUUCUUUUUUUUCAGUAGCUAGAGAAGAUAAAUACUGCCUUAAAGAAAUAUAGGAUAAUUCUAAGUUAUUGGAGUUAAGAUUCAGCGUACUAGCUAACUGCUCAGAAACAGUGCCAAAUAUUAGUCAAAAUGUCUCCCGUGUGUCAUGGCGUCCGGGUUAGCUUUAGGUCAUAGAGUCACUGCUGUAUAUAACCGUUUUCUGUGUAGGAUUUACAGACUCAGCAGUCGUAGCUAUGUAGCUCAGCAUAACGAGGGGCCCCUUAGAUCCUUAGGGUCUGCUAGGCGCCAUGUUUAGUACUGCCAUCCAUGAGCCAUGUCAGCAUCGACCAUUCAAACCCAUGCAUGCCCAUAUCCAUUCGCUUCCAGUGCUUAUAGUUGCUGUAUCUUAAAUCGGGCCUCAAACAGCACCCUGACCUCUGCACCAGAUCGGGACGCUCGGUUGGUACAUUAAGGACGCUUCGCCCAAGGCCUAAUCUCUGCAGAUGUUUACCCCGACGGAGCGCAGGGGGCUCUUUGAGACUCUCUUCCUGCCACCAUUCAGCUUUGAUACUCUGAUAUCAACAAGUAAUUGUAUUAUUAGUAAAGAAUUAUUCUAAAGGUGCCACUGUGCAGAGGAGAACCAACUCUGUCACACUAUAUACUUAUAAUGAAUAUAUUCGUUUGAGGGGAGCGGGGUUGAUUAUGCGGUGCAGAGUUGGGAAGCAGGAGUCGUAGUCUUUCUAUUAUAUUAUUCUAUAGUUUCCUUUUCUACUUUGUCGUGAUUGUGAGGUUUUGUUGUUUCAAUCACAUCGGACACCUCCGACGGGAGAGACGAGCGAGGAGCCGACGGACUGCUUGUGGACAUUGACCUCACCUCACUGGUGCCAGAGACUACGUUACCCAGCAAGACUUGCAGCACUGCAGUACACACAGACACUAACACGCAAACUUUACCUUCCUGCGCCUACAAGUUCCUGUACUUCUGAGGACAAUAUAUCCAUUCUAAAGCAAGAUGUUAAAAGCAGAAGGAAGUGAAACAGGAUACUAAGCCUGUCAAGCUAUAUGAUGAUAAGUAAACAUAUUGAAAAUGUUUAGCAUUUACAUUUGAGUCUCUUCUUAGUGCUUUAUUUGACACUGUGGCAAACGUAGAAACGAUUUUGCAGGAAAGCUGGCUUAAUUCAUUUGUGUUUCCAGAAUCAAGCUAAAACAUGAUGAGUUGAGGCAUGCCCAUCACUUUAUUUUGAUGGUAGAAAAGCAAGAUCCUACAAACAACUUCUUUUCACCUGAGGUCUGGCUUAAACUGCCAGAGCCCUGUAUAAGGGGAAACGCCAACAAUCUACGAAACGGCGCCCAGCAAUCCUUUUUUAACCUCGGCUAGUAUCCUCAUCCGACAACUGACAGAACACAGCAAUGUGCUUGGAAAGGCGUAAUAUGGUUUAAAAGUGAAAAUAUCCCGCUAACCAAUGGGACACCCCCUAAAGAAGACAAUACCUCAUCCAUUAUCACCAAAGCUUUAUACACAAAUCUACAUUUUUGUCAGUUUUAAUAUGCUAUGUGUGAGUAUUAGCGUGUUACCGGUGUUACCUAUUGCUGCACAUCACCAGUAAGCUGGGAGGUAGAUGGCUACUACACUUUUCCCUUACUUACAAGAAAGAUACAUUCAAAUUGUGGGGAAAAAAUAUUUCUGUUAAAGUCAAUGACAAUCUCACACAGGCCAAUCCUUCACCUGGUAGCUACUUCUUUGUCUUGCAACGGUCAUCAGCAUUCAACUGCGUUUCCAGUAGGUUCCUCUUAAGGUUGAUGAUUAUGCCAAAUGUAAAACUAGACAUGUGAGCUUGUAGUCCACAUAAAAACAAUUUAUCCUCUUAAAAAGUGUGAACAUUUUAUGAAUGAAGGAUCAGACAGCUCUCUAACAGCUCAAAAAAUAUUACUAAAACCAAAGGGCACAGGCAAUGUGUUGAAAUAUUUGUCCUCAUUAGUACAGAAACAGAACCACACAAGAAUAAAUACACAUAUGCGAUCACAACUGCAUACACACAGACAUUCCUCCAUGAAGAGACAUGCACAGACACCCACACUGAGACAGCACCCACUCUAGCUUUGCCCAGUGCGGUGCAGGAAAGAAGUGUGUACUGCUCUAUGAGAAAUCACUGUGUCAUGUUUAGUGUUUCUUUGGGAGAAAAACAACAAACUGUUCCCGACGAGUCGCUGUUGCGUCGACCCGAUAGGUGGAGCAUUGAGUAAACUGAGCCAGCUAAUCACACAUGGACAACCAGAUGAACUGAAAUGUGAAUUCAACGGUGUAGUUCUGAGACAAAAAGACUCGCUAUGCGCACUCUACAACCAACAUUCACUACCAGCACACACUCUCACAAACACUGACACGAUUAUGGUAACGGUGUGAGGAGGGCUUACAGGUGGAUUUAUGUGCCUGCAUGUUUGUGUAUGCAUGUUUUUGUGGGUGUGUACGUGUGUGUGUGUUGAUGUUUAUGUGUGUGUACGUGUGGAGUUAGUCUCUCCUCACCCAUGCACCCAGUGCCUGCCUAUCCUGCCUUCAAACAGCUACGACAUCAGCUCCGGGGCUUCCAGGAUAACUGUUUUCUGCAUUCCCAUGACACAGUAUGGUUACACUGGUUCAGAGCUAAAUGCCCCACUCAUUCCUAGGCAGUCGUAGCCAUAAAAGUCGAUUAGGCUGCUUUGAUUUUAGAGAGUUCUGGUGGACUGAGUUCUUGUUUUACCCUCUGGAUUUGACAGGACUUCGUAGUAGCAGCCUUCUUCUCAGACCUGACCGUGUUUUUUUCUUGAACAUUUCAGUCUGUCUGUUCAAUUGCAUUAAAGUACAGCAGAAAGAUCCUCGCAGGAAAGGGAAAAGUCUGAUGACUGUCAAUGUUCCUAAAACUUAGGUUCAAAAGGAGCAGUGUAGCUUUUACAAAUCUUGUAGAAUAAUAUACAAAAACUUUACCCUCUCAUAUUUGCUGACCUCAGUGGAUUGUCGACACAAAGUCAAGUGUGUUUGCAGGGCCGCUCCAUGUUACUUAUUUUGUUUCUGGUGUUAAAAGACGCCGUGUCUUGGUACUGUAGUUGAGAGGAAGAUGCUUGUCUUUGAUUUUUGAAAAUAAUGUAGCUCUAUCGUCGUGAGGGAUAAGAAAUAUGGCAAUAGGUAGCAAGGUUGCAGUAGUUUCUGCAUUGCUCAUGGCUAUCAUAAAGAAGCAAGCUGAAUGCCAAAGCUGUUGAUUUACUGGUCCGUCCAUGUUCCAUUGUCACUAAAUAGAGAUCAAGAUUCUCAAGAUCCCAUAUUCUGCCACCUGAAAUGAGCUGUGCGGUGGCUGCACUCAACCUUAGCGAUGCAAAACAAACAUUAAUUGAUAGAUAGAAGCUUAUAGUAUCAAAUUAGAACAACCCGGUUUAAAUUACAUUAACCAACAGUAACCAAAACUACUCCCCAGAAAAAACAAACACUUUCCUGCUUAAGGAAUUUUAACAAUUUUAUGUGAUGGAUUUACCUGUCAUACGAUUUCAAGAUAUUUUAGCUUUUUCUACAGUUAUAGGAAUUAAAGUUUUUGGAGACGUCAGUCCCCAAUAAUACAGCAGCCAAUAUUUAAAAAUGUAUCCUGGUCGUGUUGAUUGAAAGCUUGUAUUUAUAUUUCCUUGCUAAUUUUUAGUUCAUCAUCUAACAGAUUCCCUCUCUGCUGUAGUUACGCUGCUUUGACCUAAUACAUUUAUUACAGUAAAUGAAAUGGCGAUGAAACUAUUAAUUUGAUAAUUCUGUUGAAUUUAAAUUUAGUAAAAAUUCAAAAAUGAAAUGUCUUGCAGAGUUUUGUAUUUGUUUAUUUAGUGGCCAGACACACAAAGUUCUUACAAAGAAAUAACAAUAUAGACUCCAAAGUUCUAGGUUUCUAACAUGUGACAUAUACAGUUUAGCUAAUUUUAGUGGUUGCAGUUCUAAUGAUGCAAAUUAUUCAGAAAUAUUUUUAGUACUACCUCAGCUGCAUUUCCAAGUUCGCCAAGCUUGCGAUAUGAAAAUUUAAUCUCUGAGAUAUGACAGGUCAAAGCGAUUUACUACUACUAGGCGCUAACAUGUUUACCUUGCUGUGUGUAGCCAUGUCAAAGUCCAGCAAAUUAUAAGGAAUAUCACAGACAUAGUUACCUGUGAUUGAUGUUUCAUAAGCCUGUUCGAAAACUGCAAAUGCGGUUGCACAGCUCUGUCUGUAAUAUCCGAUAAGAGCUAACUUUGAGUUUAGCUAGCACUGCGCGCGUGGAAUAAACCCACUAGCGAUAGCCGUAAAGGGCCGCGCCUAUGGAGCUUUGGAACCAACGUCACUGCGUAUGACGUUUACAUCUCGCGCAGUCGCUCGCCGCCAUCUUUAAAGGCCACAGACCAAAACAAACUUUAUUUUAUUCCGGCGUGUUACCAGGCGCAGUGAAGUUGUUUUCAAGUUGGAUUUUGGAUAUCCACGCUCCGCCAACGCUUAUGAACGCUAAUUCCGGCCAGCGGUUCUCUACCGCUCCCUCCUCAAGCGCUCGGAGGUUCACUUGUUGACCGUCAAUUUCCGAACCAAACACUCCUGUAAAUAAAUGCCUUGCCUUGUGACCCAGUGAUACACAAAAGUGGCAAUUCAUGCUAUUACACGAGGCACACUUUCCUCUAUUAGAAUGUUAAGUCAAAUUCAAUAUUUUAAAUAAUUGUAAUAUUAAAUGUUUUCUUCAAUAGCUUCCAAAUUGUGUGCCCCAUUAACUCAAAAUCAGUGUGAAAUUGUUCUACUAGACUGUAUAGAUGAAGCACUCUCAUCUUUAUUACAUUUUGACCCCUGUUUUUUAAAUAUUUUUACUAAUUUUAUAUUUAAAAAAUGUUCAUAAAAUGUAUUACCUCAGAUGAUCAUCACAUUUGUUACCUGUAAUGUUCAAUCACAUAAAAUUCUAGGACAGGAUCUAUUUCAUUACAUGUUCACUCUUUAAAUUCUUAUAUAUAUCAAAUAUUUACUUAAAGUGUGAUCUAUUUCAUUAAAUUUACUUGUCACCUUUGUUGUUUACUCUGAACUGUUUAAUUACACAUUAAACAUUUAAGAUGGGCUCUUCCAUCUGGUUUGAUUGUUUAUAUUAAAUGUUUACUGCAAAAUGUCUGAUUAUAUAAUUGUUUACUUUAAUCACACAAAAUGUCUAUUUAAAAAUAUAAUCUUUCAUUACAUGUAUGUUUAUUACCUGCAAUAUUCUAAAUAUCAAAUUUUCACUUAAAAUGUGAUUCAUUUCAUCACCUGUUUACAUGCAACUUGAAGUGCUUGAAUCAAACGUUUCAUGAAUGUUUACCACAUUAAAUUAUUAAAUGAGAGAAAACAGCCACUUCCAACUGUACACACAUUUCAACACAAAUGGUUCAUGUUCCUCUUCAGAGUGUGCAGCCUUGCUGAGCUCCUCUCCUGGGGUUUCCUCCUCAGCCUCUAAAACUUGCUCCUCUUCUACAGCCUCUGCUACUGUCUUAUUUACCUCUUAAGGGGUACAUAAUGAAAACACAGUCUCUGUAACUUGCUCCCCCACUUGUUGAUCCAUCAUGGUCUUGCUGUAUCGCUUCUUUAAUUGAUGCGCAUGUCGGUCCAAUGGUGUGGCGUUUACCUCGCAGUGACCCAUAUUCAGUCUGGAUUGAGUUAAUCCAUUUCCUACGUCGGUGUGCCUUGAAGAGGACAUAUCAGAACACACAACAGUAUUAAUACUGUAAAUUUGAUAACACUAGUAAAAUAGUUUAAUUCACAAUAAUGGAAUAACCUCGAUGUCCACUGACAAAACUCGGACUAUGCUACAUAAAAAAUAUAAGCCCGACCUAAACAAGGUUGACCCACUUCAAUGAACUCAACGUAACUGAACAUGAGUACACCCGGACAAAAUCAUAGCAAAAAAAUUAUGACACAACACCAACAAAGCGAUUUUAGACACUCACCAGAAUUGACAUGUCUGGAGCAAACUUGUAGAUAUCUUGGGAUGUUGGAGAACAUAAUAUCAGGGCGUCUCACCGCUGAUACCCGGGACAUUCGUCUCCUUUUCAUUAGCUCCGAUAGCUUAGCCUCCUCGCCUUGUUUUACAGGCAGGAAAACAGUGAAACGAAAGUCCGUUUUCCAUCUUUUUACCGUUUCGGUCGUGUGAUCGGACAUUGCAUCCAAUAACGCAGCAAGUUUGAACCAUUGAUAAAUUAUUUUAAGUAACUUAGAUUCGAAAUAUCUGUGAGACAGUCGUUUGUCGGUUAUGUUUAUGGCCCUUCAAGAUGGCGCUCAUAACCCUACGUCUAGAGCAGUGACGUCACGUUCCAAAGCUCUAUACUGAAUCUGGGGUUACAAUAUGUAACCAACGUUUUCCGCUUUACCUUUAAGGCAAAAAUGGUGUAUAUCAGUGUGACAUAAAUAUGCAGCAGUCAAUUUGCCUCUGACAUGGAAAAUUAGGAUGCUUAGUGGGACUUUUAGCAACCCAAGAUUCUAACAAUGGAUUUAUCUUCUUUUAUUUAUUAAUAUUUUGUUUUCAUUCAAACAAAAGGUAACACUUUAUUUGACAGGGUGUGCAUAAGAC